AGUAAGAAGGAAGCUGCUGCUCCUUUUGUUUUCAUUUAGGGUGAGAGAGAGAUCGAGUGUUAGAUCGGAAUCAAAAGGGGCCUGUCAGAUUGUGCCUCCCAUGGCCAAAUCUAGCACAAGAAAAAUAGUACUAGUCAGAGAAGAAGAACAACAACGAGCUCAGAUUUUAUAUUCUACUUGUUCAUCUUCUUCUUCCCCACACGGGUUUCAUUUUGUCUGUGGUUGCAGAACCGCCAGUUUCACUCUUACUCUCUUCCUUGUUUCCUCCCUACUCUUCACUUUCUCCGAGGCUUCUCGCCCCAUAAUCUCUGCCUCCUCCCCUUCCUCUUCCUCUUCUUCUCCCACCAACCCACCGACCCUCUCACCCUUUAAAACCCAUCACGGUGUCCACGUUGACCCUAAAAUCGUCACACUUGUAAUAACCCUCUCUGCCUUACUCACCUCUCUGGUUUUAAUCAUGGCCCUGUUUAAGUGUUUUGGCUUCAAACUGAAACGAAACCAGAACCGUGUUGGAACCGCAAUGGAAAUGACCAACACCGAAACUGUCGACGAUGUCGACGAUGAUGAGAACAAGAAGGGGGAGAGUGGCGUCAGGAAGUUCAGUUGGGAUGAGAUUGCGAGGUUCACCAACAACUUCUCGACGGUGAUUGGAUCCGGAGGGUACAGCACCGUAUACUUGGCUCACUCGCCGGAUUCCAUUCACCGGUUUUGGGCUAUUAAGAUCCACAACGGCAGCGAGCGUCUCAACCAGGUGUUCAGACAAGAACUUGACAUCCUUCUCCGUCUUGGCCAUCAAAGCAUCGUUAAACUUCUCGGUUAUUGUGACGAUCGAGAGGAGGGUGCUCUGGUUUUCGAAUAUGUAGCAAACGGAAAUUUACAAGAGAUUCUUCACGGCGAAGAACAGAGUGUUCUGCCAUGGAAGAAUAGGAUGCUAAUUGCAUAUGAAAUCGCACAAGCAAUUGAGUAUCUACACGAGAAAUGCGCCUUGCAAAUCGUUCACAUGGACAUCAAGGCAUCCAAUGUGUUGCUAGACAAAAACCUAAACUCCAAGCUCUGCGACUUCGGCUCAGCCAAAAUGGGAUUCUCCUCCACCGUGCAGCCGCCGUCUCCUGCGUUAAAGAAACAGUUUCUAAUGAUGGGCUCUCCCGGCUACACCGACCCUCACUACAUGAGGACCGGCUUCGCGUCCAAGAAGAACGACGUUUACAGCUUCGGCGUCCUGCUCCUUCAGCUCGUGACGGGGAUGGAUGCCUUCUGCUCGGACAAGGGUCAGCUGUUGACGUCGAUGGUGGGUCCCAGGCUGGUGGAUGGCGGGGAUAUGGAGGAGGAGGUGGUGGCGGGAAUGGUGGAUAGUAGGCUGGGAACGGCUGGCGGGUUUGACGUGGAGGAAGCGAGGGCCAUGCUCUCACUGGCCGCCACGUGCUUGCGGCAGUCUCCUACGCUCAGGCCAUCUGUCACUCAAAUUUUGCGGACAAUCACCGACAGAAUUUCCUCCAUCGCGUUCGUAAUAGAAGAGUCGCACCAUAAAUCAUACACUGUGCAAAUGAUCCUCUUUCUCAAUUAUCUUUGCAAUCUAGAAUGGAGAGUGGGAGUGUGUAUAUCCCCCACACAAGUCCAGAAGCUCACUGCGAUGAUGGCGUCGGCCACUCUCAGUUUCUCCAGGGUUUGCUUCUCCCAACACCAUUCCACUAUUCCCAGACCCAAAUCUUCUCACGCGUUUUCAAAUCCUAAUCCUUUCCGCUGCGACUUCAUUGCCGGAAAUAACGCGAUCAGUCUCCGAACCAGGCCCACCAAGGCAGCUUCCAAUCCCCGUCGUCGGUUUUCGUGCACUUCUAACUUGGCGGAGUAUGCCCAGACUACCUCCGCCGUUUAUGGAUUCCUCCUCCUCAGCGGUGGCUUCUUUGCCUAUACUAGGACAGGAAGCAAAGGGUCACUUAUUGGAGGUCUUUCAGGAGCAGCUGUAAUGGCCACUGCUUAUUAUUUGAUGCAAAAACCAGAGACUGAAGCUCUUGGUGAUGCCCUUGGCUUUGGGUCGGCAUUCCUUUUUGCUUCUGUAUUUGGAAUACGAUUAGCAGCUACUCGGAAAUUUGCUCCUGCAGGCCCUCUCUUGGCUCUUUCCCUAAGUGCACUGGCUGUGUUUAUAACAGCAUACCUUCAAGAUAGUGUCACUAAUCUUUAGUUCUGUCCUAUAGAGAUGCUUCUUUGUAACUGAGAAAUCGUGCAUUUCUUGUUGAUGUAGUAAAGUUGUAAACAAAUUUUGAAGUCAAUCUUUGUGUUCUAUAACUGCUUCUUCCUCUUUUUCUGGAUUUGAAGUUUUGAC